AUGUACACGUCAUAUAAGAGCUUUCUGUAUGCACAUAGUUACAAGCUGAAUAAGAGGUACUACUUGGAAGCGAUGAGCCGAAAAGAAGGCAUCAGAGCCUAUUCCCUUGGUGAACGCUAUCAAAUCGCCGAGAACAUACAAACAUGCCGGUUCGUAAACAGUGUCGUGCUUUGGGUUGGAUUUUUGAACACGAUCGCGUCUGUGUCACUUAUUGUUGACAAUUUCGUCCAGUCUAUGUUCUAUCGAAACGUAGCAGUACUUAGUUUCAACUACUCAACAGUUGUG